CUCUGACCUGCGCCAGCAGCCAGGCUCAGCCUCUCUCCCUCCCUCCCUCAGGGUGGGAUUGAACAGUCACAUGAGAGCUCGCUUGCCUCCUUCCCUCUCCUCGCUGUGCCAGCAGCUUCUGUCUCCCUCGCGCUCUCUCCCCCCCCCCUCGACUUGGAGCCCAGUUACUUCUGCGGCCGCCUGGCACGAAGACACCACCGUCGCCACCUCCUCCCUGGGCAGCGGCGUUGGCAGCAGCUGCGGAGAUGCACCUGUACCCACCUCUGGUUCUCCUUGCGCCCAGGUGCUGGGAGUAGGAUGGCACCGAGAGAGAAGCGAGCGGCUGCGCCGGGCACCAGGCUGAUCUGAGCCAUGCCCAGGUGCAGGGGCAAUGCCCAGUUCCUGAGUGGCGGCUGCCCGUCGGCUGGGCAUUUUGUCUGAGUGGCAAAUCCUGGAGGAGGGGGGGGGCGAUCCUGGACGACCUCCUUCCCCAAUCGACUGGAGAGCAAACCCAGAAGCUGCCGCCGAGCCAGCAAACUUUGAAGAAAAGUCUCCAAGAGGAGCCCGAGGCGGGCGCGUGUGCCCCCUUGCCCGGCAGGAGCAGCGGCAGCGGCAGCCUUGGCACCACCAUGAACGCCCCCUGCGGUGCCCUUCAGCUCCUCUUGGCUACCACCUUGCAGCUGCACUACUGCGCCGCCACGACGAUUCUGCCGCAUCCAGCUAAUGAGAUGGAACCAGUCGUAGAGCCAGUUACAGAAGUGGUGAGGUUCCUGGAGGUGUUCAGCCGCAGCGCCUGCCAGGCCAAGGAGACAAUGGUAUCUCUGGACAAGGAGUACCCGGACUUAGUCAUCAGCCACCUCAUUGUGCCCUCCUGCGUGUCUCUAAAGCGCUGUGUCGGCUGCUGCGCUGAUGAAUCGGCACAGUGUAUGCCGUCCCGGACGUAUACAGUGGCCAUGGAGGUGUUGUUGCUGAGCAAGUUCCAACACAGCCACUUGCAGCAGCUGACUUUUGAGGAGCACGCUACCUGUGAAUGCAGACCAAAGGAAGUUUAUAGAUUGCCCACGCACAGCCCGUCCUGCGCACCCUGUCCGGACAGGAAGAAGCGGGUCAACCCAUUGACAUGUGAAUGCGUAUGCAGGCGUGAUUCCGUCCGCUGUCAGCAGCGUGGCUGGGAACUCAACAAGGCCACUUGCAGGUGUGUGAAACACCGCAGGCGAUCCAACAGGAAAGCAAAAGCGUAGCUGCACGGGAAGCCAGGACUUGGAGGAGUUUGGAUCUUGGACCUUUCUCGGUCGGGGAUGACUUUUCUCUGGUGGGAAUGAAGCACGGGACUUGCCGAGGAGACGUCCAAUGGUCGCUGGGGGAGGAGAAGCAGUCUUCUUUACCUACCACCGCAACACCGUGCCGGAUUACCUCUCUUUACAGCAGAAGGAGGCUGUACCACACGCAAGAGCUGUACCACACUCCCAUGGAAGGCAGACUGAAGGAGCAUCUCCUCAGCGUCAAGACACUGAGAUUGGUCCCACUCAUAUUUAAAAGCAGCAACCGCCAAACUGGUCGUCUGUUUGUCCUGGGCCUCCCCUGGGCUGCUUCUAAUUUA